UCGAGCUCGUCAAUAUUUCACACAGCAGCACACCAACAUCAGUGCUGACGUUUCUGCUACGCGUGCGGCAGCGGAGGCAGUCAGUGCUGUCGUAACCAGUGACGCCUUUCACUAGGCCGACAUAAUAGCUUUUGCCCAGUGACCAUGGAAACAGUGGCUACUCCUCCACUAAUUCAAAUUCAUAACCAGACCAUAAACUCUACAGUUAUGCAGCCGCCACAGGAGACAUGUCAGCCUACCAGAUCUGCAGCCCCACAUCCAGCCUGCCUCAGGGCGUGAUGUUGGCGGUGUCGCCGGGCUCCCUGCACAGCCCGCAGCAGCUGGCCGAAGAGGCUACACGGAAGAGGGAGCUCAGACUCUUAAAGAACAGGGAGGCUGCCAGAGAGUGCCGCAGGAAGAAGAAAGAAUACGUGAAAUGUCUUGAAAACCGAGUAGCUGUGCUCGAGAACCAGAACAAGACUCUCAUCGAGGAGCUCAAAGCACUAAAAGACCUCUAUUGCCACAAAACAGAAUAGCCGGCGGCCUGGUGUGGGAGCCCAACACACUGAUGAAGGCAUAAAAAAAGAGUGUGGUUUCAUAGGUCGCCAAAAGCAUUUGGGGCAGAAACAGCUUGUAACCUUGUGUUGUGUCCCUGCUUGUGGCCUGAGUGUUUUUAAACAGAAGCGUUGUGACCCCAGAUCCACGUGUUGAAGCGCUGUAGCCUCCGUGUGUGUGACAGUCAUGCUGUGCCUUGUCCCGCACACCUGUGUCUCCACGUGAAAACUGCGCCGUCACCCCAGCUGUUCUGUUGCACGGCCACCGCGAGCGGCCCUGAGGAGUGAUUACAGUACACCACCUGCAGCCCCGCAUCGCCUCACUGGAGCUCCACAACAAGGGGUUAAGAGACAAGCUCUGGUGUCUGGGAGAUGUAGGCCGCACAAAAUCUGAAUAGGUUAGUCCAAUUGGAAUACUGGCCCCCUCUCAGUCAGGUUUUCCCUAAAGUUCCCUGUAAUGUAUCAUUCCUCUGAUUUUCUUUCCUCCUCAUUUUUAAAUGUAUAUUGAAUUGAAAGACAACAAGAUUCCCCCACUGUCAUUUCUUAAAGGAAAAAGGCAACAUUUUGGGAAAUAUACAUUUUUUCCGACUUGCCCAGAAAUGUUUUUGUGCAUUCACUGGCUCAAUUUCCAUGUUAGCAAAACGUGUUAGCUUAGCAUAGGCUAUCGGAGUCACGAAAAUGAAAAAUUAAACAUCUCGGCUAAGUCUGGGUAAGUCGGAAAAAAGGUAUAUUUCCCAAAAUGUUGGUGUUUUCCUUUAAGACAUUUUCUGAAGGUUCCCUUUUUAUACACUUUGUCUUGAUCACAAUAUGAGAAAAAAAAUAUUUAUAGAUGUAUUUAUUGAAGGAGCUUACCCGGAAAGGGCUUCUCAAGUAAACUACAGUGCCCCCAACUGCACUGGAUGUUGUUAUUAGCAUGCUAUGUGAGUUCUCCAGAAUGUGGAGGAAUCUCACCAAACCUUGCCAUGGCAUCUUUCUGCUUUAUGGUAAACAACCGGCAGGCACAUUGAACCUCUGAGAGGCGUUUUCUAUUCAAAAGUAUUAUUUUAACAGGUAUUUAUUUGGUUAGGUGGAUUAAUAAUAGAAUAGUGGCUUUGCGUAUGCUGUAUGUACAGCUUAUAUUAAAUCACUUAGCAGUGUAGUCUCAGCUGGUAUGUCAGCAUUUGAAGAACAGAUUGAAUGUUAGCAGCACAUGUAAAAUGGGUUGUUUGCAUUCGGCUAAGUUUCCGCACAUGCCUUGAUGAAUAUCUGCUUCCCGGGCUCUCUGUGGCUGUGUAAAUGUGUUCCGCUGAAAUUUCUGUGGCCUUGUUGCUUGAAUGAUGGCUAUAUUUUCAUAUUUUUUACUGGUGACAUUGUUUUUUUAAGUUUACGUGCAUUUCAUUAAUUAUAUGUUCUUGUAUCGUUUCACUUUCCAAGAAAAAAAAAAAAUACACUUCCAAAAAAUAUUUUCUGGAAAUGGUAUAAAAUGCAUCAGAUUGUACCUGUGCAGCCAUAUCAAAUGCUUUUGUUUCAUCGUUAUGUGAAAAUUGUGUUAUUUUGUGCUUUCACAUAUUUGUUUUGAACAGACUUUGAUUCGUCUCAGUUGACGAUUUGAGGGGAAAAUCUGUCAUCCUCAAAAGCCCAUUUAACAAUGCAACAACUUGAAGCCAUCGUUGAAACAGUAAUUGUUUUUCAUUGUUUGUUGGUUUUCGCCAAUAAGCAGAGUUUCAGACUUGUACCAUACAGAACUAUCUGCACUGAAUAUGCACACAGUCUGCUGUUGCUGUAGACAGUACUUCAGAAUUCAGACUUCUAUUUGGACACUUGUUCUGACUGUUCUAUAUGUACUUGUGGGCGGCUCUGAUUGAAUUAAAUUCUAAACACACAUUGGGUUGAAUGUGGGAUUAGAGGGCUUGUGUAAGGCAAAAAAACCAACAUGUCUUCAACGGAUUUUCAACUCUGGCAUUCCACGGUACCUCAUGCCAACAUGGUGCCUCUUCAGGUCUAGAACAUCGCUGAAGAUGUAUUUGGACACCUCUCCAAAACAGAUUUAUGCAGUAAAUGUCCCCCAUAUUGUAUUUGAACCACUUUCAAUGGUUGUGCUUUCAAAUUGGAAAAAAAUGAUUAAAUAACUAUUAUUUCUCCCAAAAUA